AUGCUCGCCUGUGGGAUCAGCCUCACCUUGACGGCGACUGGGUUCGGCACGCACGGUGGCGCUGCGCCGGCCGGCGUCAGCCCGGCGAUGCGCAACACAGCGCAAUCGUUCUGCGAGCGCACCGACAGGUCAACCCCGCCGGAAGUGAAUUGCAAGUUGGUCUUCUCUGAGGUCACAUUCAGCACAGCAAAUGCUGAGGGUCCGAUGACGUUCAAAACACGAGGUUACAAUGCGGACUCUCCCCUCGGCCCAACGAUCCGCGUCAAACCCGGGGAUCUGCUCAAGGUUGAGCUCUUCAAUGAGCUAACUGACAUGACCAUUGGCUCCCUCUCUGGCGGCACCAUCGGUAUCCACAACUACCAGCACGACUAUCUGAUCACCAACCUGCACCUGCACGGCCUCCACAUCUCGGGCGAGGCCAAGAGCGACAACAUCUUUGUGAUGGUACGGUCCGGUCGCAGCUUUGGCUACGAGUACAUGAUCCCACCUGAUCACAUGGGCGGCACCCAUUGGUACCACCCUCACUGGCACGGCGCGACGGGCAUUCAGUCGGGAGGGGGAGCCGUCGGCAUGCUUGUUGUCGAGGACGCUCCAGGCACUCUGCCGAGCUUCCUCGAGAACACUGCCGGCUCGACGGACAAGGAGCUCGAGCUCUUCAUCCUUGGCAUGGAUCUGGACAAUGUCCGCUCCAUUUCGGACGGGUACCUCAACUGCUGCAAGGGCUACCACAACGCCUCCAUUCCAUUCGUGGACCUGAAGGCGGCGGGAUACUGCCAGGCAAAAUUCGGCGGCGACCAGCCGCACCUGAACCCCGAGAAGCGCGCGAAUGACCUCUCAAAGAUGGCAGACAAGGGCUCUCUUGCCAACCCGAUCCCAAACCCAAUCCGCAAUCGUCUGGCCAGCGUCUGCGGCUAA